AUGCGUUCCACACGUUUAGCGGUGACAUGCCCUCUAAUUUUAGCAUUUCAUGCGACACUUGUGGCCUCGAGCUUCUUGACCGUCACGUCUCGAUAUCAAUACAAGGAAACAACGGCGCAGCAACAGAUAAUAUCAUCUCGCCAGACGAUCAAAGUCCGACGUGUCCCAGAGCAGAACAUUUCCAGCUCCACUGCGUCUCCCACCUCCACAGGACCUCCCAAUGCGACUAGUUGGUACCAGCCGAUUAUCUGGACAGCUCCAACGAAAUGCUCGACACCAUUCACCGUAUCGACAAGGGCGCAAAUCACCGUGCCACAAGCGCAUCUGUCCUCGCCUGAUGUCCUGCGACCACUACUGGGCGAUGGUCAUCGCACUAGCAACCAUCCUCCCCAUCGUUUUCGUCCUCGGCUUCUUCGAAUCGUUCUUCUGGUUCCGCCGCAUGGUGCUGGGCCAGAGCGCCCUGCGGAUCGGGACCGUCUGCUGGAUCCUCAUCACGGUGUGGAUAUUGGGCUUCACUCGGAUAUUGGUUUCGAGAUCGCCGGACAAUCAGCAGGCGCUGAAGCAGCAGUGGGAGCAGAUGCCGUUCGCAAGGAAGUGGAGGCUGUGGCGGAAGUGGGCGUUUCGACACACUUAUCCGGACCAGUUGUUGGGCCCGGAGCCGGUGCGCGGGAGAGAGGAGGGAAGCGAUCGGGAUCGUGUCGCGCUUGGAAGCGAGGAAGGAAAGUGGAUGGGAAAACGGGUGUGUUGGAUGCCGAGAACAGCCAGGGCGGAGAACUCUCUUCUAUCCCUCCUCCGCCGUACACGGGCCCACGGGGAAUCCGGCUGCUUAACUGCUACGAGCAGGGAGAUAUACUGGUAGCACUCAACAUUGUUGUAUCGAGUCUCGCAUUCCCAAUCGUCCCUCAACCCAUCAAUGUAACAGGAUACUGGUUGCUUUGCCCGACACACUGCUCGUCUCAGCCUUCCCUCAAGUCUUAA